CUUGAAUGGAAUGUAGUCUUUUGCAGGUAGUCCUUGUCGUGCAACCCCACAACAGCAAAAGGUCUAGGACAAGCACACAAGGCACAACAGCACGAGCAGCAGCAGCAACAGGGGUUGUAAUGCUGCUGAUGCUGACGGUGUGAAACAAGCACGCACAGCAACAGCUGACGAAGUAACGUACCGAACAAACAAGCAAAAAGGAAGAGGGAGGGAGGACACAAGCAAGCAGGCGACAACCGGACAUCACUGCGCCACACCAUGAGUGGCGGCGAUGAAGGCAAGGACAAGGCAACAAAGCUGGCCAACAGCUUUGAGACGCAGCCAUACCUGCUGCAAGAAAUCCUCGACGGUGUCGCGGCUUACGAACAGAAGACGCAGGCAGAGCAUCUGCUGGAGGCGCGCGUCAAGGAUUCCACGGAUCAGCAGCAACAGCACCGCGGCGUAUCCAUCCGAUACGAUCGAUACCAGUAUGAAGUGCAAAAGGGAAACAACACAGAUCUUCCAGGGGAGAGGGCGCGGCGCCACUGGAAAGCGGCGUAUGCAUAUGCCAAGUUUGUGCAUGCUUUCAAAAAGAACCGCCGCCUGUGCAAGCAAGUAAUUGUGCAUUCGGUAUCACAGGCGCCGGUGGCCGCGUUCUGGUUUGGCAACAACCACAUCUACGUGGUUUUUGCCGAUGCCACCAUGUCCAUCUUCGACAGCUUCACGGGCGAGCUGCGCGGAGCACUUGCACUGAAGAUCAGUGAUGAUGCCGCCGCGACCAUCCAGGAGGCGUGCUUCUCUGACGACGGUGGCGUGCUGCUGGUGGUACUCAAGAGCAAGGCAUACACGCUCCUCCGCUUUGACACCACCCCCGACACAGUCACCAAGCUCUCGCGACGGCACUCCCUCCGCAACAGACACUGCUUGCCUGUCCACGUCCCUGCACCAGACAAGUUUGACAUUGGUGUGAAGCCACGGUGCAUGGUGGUUGGCUUCAGAAACAAGGUGGUUGCAAUUGGCACAAGCAAACACAGCGCGUGGCUCCUGUCCGUGUGGACAUUUCAUCCCAUCUUUGUUGCGGAGGCGCCGCACCGUGACGAGGUGGUUGCUGUCGCCCUCAGCCCAAAGGGGCACCACCUCGCAACAGGGUGCAAGGACAAGAGUGCGCGUGUGUUUGACCUGAAGCGGCCCGAGGAUGACCAGCUCGUAUACACAAUCAAGUGCGAACGCGUGUACGCCCUUGACUACGCACCAAACGGACGAUUCCUGCUCAUUGGCUCUGAUGACAAAAUGGUGCGGCUGGUUGAUCCCCAGAGCGCAGUGAUCAUUUACACGGUCACCGUCCACACGGAUUACGUGCGCAGUGUACGCUUCUUCAAAAAUGGCAAGUUCUUUGUGAGCAGCACCAAGAACGGAUGCGUCAACGUGUUUGACAGUGAAAGCGGACAACCGGUGUACUGCUACAAGGGCAACUCCCACGACCACUGCAAGAUGGUGCAGGUCAUUCACCGGCCAGAGGACAUUGAGGCGUCGCAGAGCGGCGGCGGCAUGCAGUUCCUGGUUGGAUCCUUUGACGCAACCACAUCGAGUGACAUCACCACCGUCACGUCCUUCAACGUCGUCGGCCACACCACGCCUGCGUCGCACCUCAGCUUCGACCUCUUCAAGAAGUCCAUUACAGUCAUGGCUUUCCACCCAACGCGGCCUUAUCUUGCCUGUGGGUCAUCGCUGGGAGACAUUCAGAUCUUCAACGUGCGCGAUGGCGAGAAGACGGCGAUGCUGAAACCGCACACCAAGACCGUCACUGGUCUGAAUUUUGUUGCAGGCGGCGUCAUGCUCCUGUCCUCGUCAAAGGACAAGACCAUCACGCUGACGUGUCUGCGAAAAUACGAGACGGUCAAGUCCAUCACCUGCCCAGCAAGCGUCGUGUGCUGCACCGUCACGAGCACAGGCGAGGAAGCGAUUGUGUGCACGGAGACGCCUCGCAUUUUGAGCGUGAAUCUACACCCAUUGUCAUCCAGUGUCUUUACGGACCGCCCGUCCUCCUCAUCCUCCUCCAAGCGGAAUAGCCAUACAGCGGCACAGAACAAACCGCAAACACCUGGAGACGACUCGGCUACUCCACCGUCACCAGAUGAGAAGGCGAAGGAGAAGGAGCGACUGCUGGAACAACUUCUCGCCGUCCGCGACACCCAAUAUGAGCUCUCCAGCAGCGCGCUCUCAAUCGCCGCCUUUCCAGGCAAACGCAGCCCAGACGCCCAUACAACUGCGCUGCAGCUCAUUGGGCGGUCGCUGGUGGUGAUGGGCCUUGAUGAAGGCCUCGUUGUCGCCUUCGACACAAACCUGGAGGAGCACAGAUGGAUCACGGAGGCGCACACCAAGGAGGUGUACACGAUUGCGUUUUCGUCAUGUGGAUCCUACGUUGCGUCAGGAUCGCGUGACAAAUCGUGCGUCAUCCUCGAUACCAAAUCAGGCUCCCAGCUGCACCGCCUUGAGAAGCACACGGAUCACGUGCGAACGGUUUCAUUUGGGCCCGAGAACCAGCUCAUCACAGGCGGUCUCGACUCCAACGCAUUUGUGUUUGACGAGAAGAGCGAGUUUGAUUCGCACAAGUUUUCUGUUCGCGAGCGACGCCUGGAUAACCCCAUUGAAAGUUCUUUGUGGGUGCCCGCUGGUUACACGAUGACGGGCAUGGUUGCUCUUGGUCUGUCGACUGGGCGGCUGGUAUUUCUAGACAUGAGUCUGUACAACCAGCAGCCAACCUUCAAGGAGGCACAGGAUCUCAUUCUGCACGACAAAGUCAACCAAUACGCCAUCGUCAAGGACAUGAUUGACAAGUUUCCGAUGACAGUGAACGUUCCUGGUGAUCAUGCCAUCACCAUCAUGCAUCGAGCGGUCGAAAACAAAGAUUCGCGGCUGCUGUCGCUGUUGCUACAGGCGGACGUGCCCAAGUUCUGGCUGCCGGCGACGGAGGAUGGGAGCGAUGUGCUCACCAUUGCCCAUCGCGUCAACGAUCGUGUCUGCGCGAAGCUGCUCCUCGACAAGUUGGUGGAUGCCAAGCGGGCUGGUCAGCUGGGCCCACUCCCCGUCGCCUGCAACCGCUUCCUCGUGAACCUCAUCAGGCUGUCACAAUCGUUCUCGGACCUUGUCGCCACGUUUCUUCAGGAGUUUGGGCUGGACGAGAGCCUGACGUCGAGCCAGGUGCAGGUGCGGUUUGAGGUGCACAAGGGCAUGUCACUCGUAGGCUCCACAUCACGCAACCUCCCCGACGUGUGGCGGAACAUCAAAGAGACGACGCGACAGGAGACGCUGUGGCAGCGGCUGAUUGGCGUAUUCAUGCCCAGCAGCGUGAUUCAGGCGCAGGCAGCCUCGCGGCUCACAGCGGCGUACAUCAGCAUCCCUGAGAUUGCAGGCAUCAUCCCCAUGCACGACCUGGAGAGCGACAGCGACGAUGAUGACGAGGGGUACACGUGCGAUGAGGGCCGUGGUGUGGGCAUGCGCGUGACGGUGCGGCGGACGCUGAGCAGCCGCAGGAAGAAGCAGAGCCGGUUCCUGUCCUUCUCAACGCCCCAACGGCUGGCGUCGCGCUCGCUGGGCAGCUCAAAGUCGCCCCGACGGUCAUUCAUGGGCCCCAUGCCCAUAAACGGGGAGAUGAUGGACGAGAGUAAGAAGUACUCGAAGCAGCAGGUGAUCAACUCUGUUCUCCACAGCUUCCUCGAGGCUGGCGAUGCGCGUCUCUUCUCAAACGUCCUCAUGAAGAAGGUACUUGCCUUCAAAUGGGAUGCAUACGCGCGACGUCUGUUCUUCCGGGAGCUCUUCAUCUAUUUCGCCUUUGUCUUCACCUUCUUCACCUUUGGCGCCCUUAUUGGCCGCAUCGCGCGCGACCCACAACCAAACGAGGACCAAUACAGCAGUCGGCGCAUCGCCACAUUGGCAAUGGCAAUUCUUGUCAUUCCACAGGCUUGCAGACAGCUCUACCGUGAGCGCAGACAGGUGCAGGUGACGCAUUCGAGUGUUUCGUUUGUGCUGGCAACGAUCUCGGACGGGUGGUCGCUGCUGCAAAUCUCCUCCUCUGUCCUGGCCAUUAUGAGCGUCAUCAUGUACGUUGCAGGCUACGACGACACCACCGAUGUUGCCGGAAUCACAAGCCUGCUCCUCUGGAUGCAGGUGCUGUAUUUUCUCCGCGCGUUUGAGGCCUUUGGUGCUCUUGUGCGCAUGAUCUUCCGCGUCCUCCUCCUCUCCAUCCCGUUCCUCACAAUCCUCCUCAUUGUGAUGGUUGGCACGGCAACCUGUUUCUUCCUGCUGUUCAGUCGCGUGCCAACGGACGACUACCUCUUCGACAGCGAAUCGCACGCCUCCAACAUCUUCUUCAACGUCUACAACGUGUUUCUACUCGGCGACAUGGGCUCGCUGCUGCUUCAACUGCACGCAUCGUCUGAUGACACGGGAGAAGACAUGGUGCAGGAUGUGGUGCGGAAGCUCGUCUUUGUCAUUCUUUCCCUCGUCGUCACCAUCUUCAUGCUGAACCUCAUGAUCAACUUGAUGUCGGAGUUUAUGAGUCAAGUGCACGAGGAAGAGGGCGAUGCGUUUCCUUAUGAAAAGGCGCGAAUCAUCGCGGAAUUGGAGCUCUCCAUGUCUGAUCGGGAGAUCAACCCAAAGAACUUUCCGCGCUGGCUCCACGCCCUCGUUUCUGAAUCGGAUGAGGGCCUGACACGGGACACGAACGAGUGGCAGGGCACCAUCACGGCCAUCCACCGCGCCAACAAGGAUCUAGUGAGACAGGUCCAGGCGUCCAUCAAACGCACGGAACAGGACAUGCGCGAAAACAUCCAAGACCUGGAGGAAACGAUGACAAAGCGACUGCUGGAUAUCCAAAAGGCACUACGCUCGCAAUUUGACGAGUCAAAGAGCUUCUCCUCAUCGUUGCACCUACCAAGUCUCUUCUCACAAUCGCUGCCAAAGCCAGCACGGGUGAGGGAGUUGACGCAACAGAACAAACAGACCAUUCACGGCUACAAGAUACUGCGGGAGCAGGAAUCCGAGCAGCAAGAGCUGCCUGUUCGGCGUCAGCAAACGCUUCCACGCCAGUUUGGCAGCUUUGAGUCGCUGCCACGACAGCUACCAGCGAUCCCACUCGCCCAUGGCAGAUCCCAGCUUUCAUCAUCGUCGCUCAGCCAGAGCAUGAGUGUUGAGGCGCACCCUGCUGCCGACAUGACUGCAGGGAUGAUGGCACCGGCAAAACCACCGCUGCCAACACCACGUGUGCAGCCGAUGCUUGGGAAGAGAAGGAAGCAUCGCUCACUCAGCUUUGACGUGGAAGUGGGAAUGGGCGCACACACGUCAUCGUCGGACGGGAGCGAUGGAGAUGAUGGCGACGGAGUCGAUGGUGGUGAUGGCAGUGCUAGCAAUGGCGAUGGCGGUGAUGGUGGGGGUGAGGUGACUCGCCGGCUGCUGCGCAAGAGUAGUGGCAGCAGUAGCACGCUGCGGAGAGCAUCAAGUGUGACCAGCAGCAGUUUCGGCGACGAUGAUGCUGAUGAUGCCGAUGGUGACUACGACCCAGCAGGGAGGAAGAAGAAGCGCGUGUCCUUUGGCUCGUCCGUCAUUGAAUUCGACACGGGCAUCGUGCGAACACUUCAAGAUGAUUUGCGCAUGCAGUCAGCCGCAUCCUCGUCAUCGUCCAUAUCACUUGCAUGCGACGCAGCCGUGUCGCCGCGACCAUCACUUUCACCAGCAACACCGGCGGCAACAACAUCAGCAAGGAUACCGACAACAACGACAGCGAAACCGACUGCAACAACGGCUGUGUCCGCACCACCAGCUCAAACAGCGCCAACCAGGACCACUCAACUGCACCCGUCUACACCCACCACACUGCCACCAAUCACAGUCCACUCGCCCACACCACCAAGAACCAACAGCAACAGUGGCAGCAACAGCGGAAGUGGUGGUGGCGGUGGUGGCGGUGGCGGUGGGGGUCGGUUUCUGAUUCGCCACCGCCGCAUUGGCGGGUCGCGCGUGUCGUAUCGCAUUUCCCCGCUGACGGCUGUUGCCGAGGAGCGAGAGAAGGAGGCGGCACUGCUACGACAGCGGCGGGGGCGCACAGCCCAACGCGAAGCUGCUGCUGGUGUUGGUGAUGACGAUAAUGGGGCUGUUGGUGAUGACGACGACGACGACGAUGAUGAUGAUGAUGAUGAUGAUGAUGAUGGUGGUGCCGUGGUGUUUGGCAGCGACGAGCGAGGAUCAGUGUUGGCGCGGCAGAUUUCACUCAAAGAGCGACAGCGCAGUGUUCGCCAGGAGCAGCCAGCGCCGCAGGAAAUGUGGGCCAGUCAGCGCAAAGGCAUCAGCAAUAGCAGCAGCAUUGGUAGCAUUGGUGAGAGACAAAAUGGAGAAGAUGAUGACGACAUGGGUGAGCGUGAGGUACGGGAGCAAGAAGGAGCAGUAAUGUUCGGAGAUGGGGAGAAACCGAAAUCGAAAUCAAUGUCGAUGAAGACGAAGAAGAAGAAGAGACGCAGGUCGAAGAAAGUGCUACCGCGCGACUCUCGACCCGAUGUGACGGAGGUGUAAUGCAGGCGACGAAGACGGCGCCUUGGUUGUGUGUCAAGUAGAAUGCUUUUGGAGGGCAGCAGAUUGUACACAGACAUGGAGGUACGUGUAGUUGUGUCUUGGUAUGUGUUUGUCUGAAUGUAUGCAGGUACGCGUUUUGUGAGUGUGUGUGUGCGUGUGUGUGUGUGUUGUAUUGGGUGGUGCAUGUCUCCCGCCUGUGCCAUGGUCUGAAGAUGGCUUUUCACGAGGAUUGUUCGCGAUUCCGCAAGGUGCUGCGAG